GCACGUAUCUGAAUUGUUUCCAGUUCGGGAGUUCAACAUGUUCGUGGCAAGAAGGUCCGUCCGGUUGGUGGUCACUCCAAAGACGGAAUUGGUGCGCCUCUUUUCUGCAAGCAACACCCUUCUUCAAAAUGCGUACGAAGCCAAAAAGCACAAUGGAAUUUACGAUCCUGAAACUCAUAUCGUUCGAUCGCCCUAUGAAUCUGUCCUGCCCGACUGCAACAUCCCUGAGUACGUUUGGAGGAAUUACAAAAAUUGGGAAAACAGUCCAGCAAUGACGUGUGGUUUGACCGGCAAAAGUUUUACGUACGGCCAAAUGUACGCAACGUUUGACAAAUUCAGCAUCAACUUGCCGGCGAUUUUCGGUCUGAAGCAGGGAGACGUCGUGGGACUCGUUUUGCCGAAUAUGCCAGAGUACGCCGUAACUUUUUACGGGUGUCUCUCGGCGGGACUGGUGGUCAGCCCGGCAAAUCCCCUUUACACUGCAGACGAGCUUCUGAAGCAGUUCACGGACGCCAAAGUGAGACUGGUGGUGACCAUCCCUGAGUUGGCCGACCGCGUCAAAGAGGCCCUGGGCAAGAUGCCGGCGGGUGGGGCGCCGAUGGUGCUGACGGACGGCGCCAAGUGCGACUCAAAAGAAACUUUCGCCUUUGAAGAAAUCCUUUCGAAACAAGUCAAAGGCGCCAAUCGGCUCGCGAAACCCGGGCCGGAGGCGUUGGCCGUGCUGCCAUACUCGAGCGGAACCACCGGGGUGCCCAAGGGGGUUGUCAUCACCCACCGGAACAUGGUGGCCGGCCUGGUCAUUGCGAACCACGCGGAAGCUAUUGCUGACAAUGGGGAAAAUUCUGAUGGGCUUGAUUCAACCUUAGCUGUGAUUCCAUUCUAUCAUAUUUAUGGUGCAGUCAUUAUAGUGGGCUCUUGCUUGAGUCGCGGAGCACAUGUGAUCACAGUACCUCGUUUUGAACCAGUUUCUUUUUCAAAAGUCUACGAACAUUACAAACCGUCACACAUGUUCCUAGUUCCUCCCCUGGUCCACUUCAUGGCCAGGUCGCCGACCAUCACCAAGGAGGCCAUGAGCAGAUUGCGAUUGACGGUCUCAGGAGCUGCUCCUUUGUCGAAACAAAUAAUGGACGAAUAUAUCGCCAAAUCCGGACCAAUGAGCACAUUUAAAACAGGUUACGGAAUGACCGAGUCGACGUGUUUGAUCACAACAAUGCCCAAGGACAUGCCGACGUGCAAAUCCUUGUCGGUGGGCCCGCCAGGUUCCUUCACCGAAUUAAAAAUCAUCGACGGUGCUUUAAAAACGCUGCCGCUGGGCGAGGUCGGCGAGCUUUGCGCGCGAGGACCGCACAUCAUCUCUGGUUAUUUGAAAAACGAAAAAGCGACCAAAGAGACCAUCAUUGAAGGCGGUUGGCUGCGGACAGGUGACGUCGCAUUCUUGGAUCAGUACGGACACGUCAACAUCGUGGACAGGGUCAAGGAACUCAUCAAGGUCAAAGGAUUCCAGGUUUCGCCGACAGAGUUGGAAGCACUGUUGAUAAAAUGUGAAGGGGUCGCUGACGUUGCUGUGAUCGGCGUUCCGGACGAACGGUCGGGAGAAGUUCCAAAAGCUUUCAUUGUCAAAAAACCGGGAUCGACCGUCACAGUAGAAAGCAUAAACGAAUACCUGGAGUCCAAAGUGGCCGAAUACAAGCAGCUUCGUGGUGGAGUAAAGUUUGUAGACGCCAUUCCUCGCAGUGCGGCUGGCAAAAUUUUGAGAAAGAAUCUGAAGCAUUUCUGAAAAUAAACUAUUGCACACAAUUUUUAUGACACUUAUUGUGAUUGUUGCUGAUUGAAAUUCUUACACAAUUUUAAUCUGAAGUGUGAGUAAUGUGAAUUUACUGAUUAAAGAAAAAAAAAUUAAAAUUACGUUCAGCCUGGUGAUGAAUCAAAAUUUGAUUGUAAGACCUCUGAUAAAAAAUAGGACGUACUAAUUUAAAGCCGUACGUUCCAGAAUGUACUGGUGAACGGAAUUUUUAAUUUGAAGUACUUUAAUUUUAAAGUGUGUCAUUUAAUUUUUUCAGAUUUGUAAGAAUUAUUACAUCAAGUUGAAAACGCAUUAAGAUUAACCAUUUUCUGAUACGAAAUCAGUACCAUUGUUUUCGGUGGGUUGGACAAUUUGAUUUCAUUUAAUUUCAUAUCAAGUAAUAUUAUCUAAUUUAAUACUUUUUAAGUAGUUUGCAUGUGUUAACUCAAUUGAUGCUAACUUUUUUAAUGGCAAAAAGUGCUACCUAUAAAACAGAGUUUCCUAAAAACGUAAUGGAAAUCAAUAGUGACCUUCAAUUGUAAGAUAACAAAAAUUGUGCAAGUGGCUCGAGCAUGCAAUUACUUUGCAAUCCUUCUUUUAAACUCUACAUAUAUGCGCACUUAUUACAUAAAUAAAAUAUGUGAGAUUUAGGAGAAGGAUUUAUAAUUUUUCCUGCAACGCUCUUUGAACCAAGAAUUUUCGUUUAAUUCUCUUGAAAAAUUCAAAACAGCAUUUUCCUUUCAAAAUUUCACCAAAAUAAAGUGAAGAAUAACGGGUUUUGCGCUCAAUCUAACAGUUUUUUUUAUUUAAAAACAACGGCUCUGCCAGUUUCUGUGAUCCAAUUUCAUGAGCUAAAAAAGGCCAGCAAAAUGGAAAAAAAAAACACCUUUGGGUCGCGAUGAUCAAAACUGGUAGCAUCUUCUGUUUCUGAUGGUAAAAAACAAAAGUAAAAAAAAAUUGACAAAGCCUGUUUUUCUAAUUGGAUUUGCAAAUUUUUUGGUGUGAUUUGUUCAAUUUGCUUAUACAAAUCCAUGAUUAAUAUAAUGAUUGUAAAAAAUUAGAGAAAAAAAUGAAAGACCGUGAAAUUCAUGUUACAAAAUUUCUUUUAAUUUAAAUGAAAUUUCUC